UUCAGAGGUCAUGCUCUCCCUGGAACUUUCUUUAUUAUUAUGAGUCUUUGGUGGAGUACAAGGAGUAUUCUGAAAUAUGUCUGCAAAAAGCAAAAGCGAACCUGCUACCUUGGUUCCAAAGCAUUAUUCCAUCUAGCAGAAAUUUUGGAAGGAAUUGCAUUAGUUGGCAUGGCUUUAACUGGCAUGGCUGGGGAGCAGUUUAUUCCUGGAGGGCCCCACCUGAUGUUAUAUAAGAAGGGCCAGUGGAACCACCUCCUUAACUGGCAUCAUUUCACCAUGUAUUUCUUCUUUGGGCUGGUGGGCGUGGCAGACAUCUUAUGUUUCACCAUCCGUUCACUUCCCGCCUCAUUACCCAAGUUAAUGUUGUCAAAUGCCUUUUUUAUAGAGGCUUUUAUCUUCUACAACCACACUCAUGGCCGUGAAAUGCUGGAAAUCUUUGUGCACCAGCUGCUGGUUUUGGUCAUCUUUUUGACAGGCCUGGUCACCUUCCUGGAGUUCCUCCUACAGAACAAUGUACUUCUGGAACUUCUGCGUUCAAGCCUCAUCCUGCUUCAGGGGAGCUGGUUCUUUCAGAUUGGUUUUGUCCUGUUUCCCCCCAGUGGAGCUCCUGCAUGGAAUCUGAUGGAUCAAGAGAACAUUAUGUUUCUCACCAUAUGCUUUUGUUGGCAUUAUGCAGUAAGCUUUAUCAUCAUUGGAGCGAAUUAUGCUUUUGUUACCUGGUUGGUUAAGUCUAAACUUAAGAGGCUCUGCCCCUCAGAAGUUGGACUCCUAAAAAAUGUUGAGCGAGAACAAGAAUCAGAAGAAGAGAUGUGAUUUGGACGGACAUCCAGUCUUUCUAGAUAAACCUUUUCUUUUUUGGAUUGCUGUUCAUGGUUUUGUUUCUUGACCUUUUGUUUGGAGAGCUGGCUAAGGAUGUCUCUCAGUGUACUGUUUGUAUUUCCAAUUUUGUCGAAGUAUUUGAAUUUAAAUGUUUUAUUUUUAGCUCUGAACAUAUGUUGGGUGAUAAGUUCAUUUUGCACAUCAUACACAACAUACUAUUCAGGGGCUAGAGGGACUUUUUCCAGGUCAUCUACAGUUUCAUGCCCACAGUAUAAAAAAAAUCUGUUUUAUUUGCCUUAUAGAUAAGCUCAAGGUUUAGGGGCUUGUGACCAUCUGUAACUUGUUGAACAUGGAGUUACACUUGUUUGUCUUAUUGCUACAAUGAGAAAUAAAUGAAUACAUGCAACUUGGUGCAGAC